CUCCCAAACGGCGUGGACCAGAUUGACGCGCUCUCCCCAUUGUUUAUUGUUUUUGCAGUGAGGAUUCACUCUCUUUAGAUAAUUAUUUUGUAACUUAUCUGCAGAAAAACUUUGUUUUUAGCUCAAAAAGCAGUAGUAAACAGUAUGCAAAUCAGGGAGCCAAAUGAACGGCUCUUUCAAAAAUGCGAUUAUGUUCCCAACGUUCACCAAAAAGAGCCGUUCAUUCGCGAACGACCAAUCACUAGUACCGACGUCGUUAGUGCUGUCUGUUUUGGUUGAGUCACCAGAUCUGACCAUGCCUUACUGACUGACUAGAGGCAGAAAACAAACGAGAAUAAUGAAAAAAUAACUGAUUGUUAAUGCGACAAACUAAGGAAUAAGUCGAGUAUUUUUGUGUCUACAAAUAUUAAGAUCUUGCAUCGGUUUGGCGGUGUAACGUUAGCUAGCUAACACCAUUCGUCGAAAAUGAUGAAGGAAGAAGAAAUUGAUAGGUUCCAAGUACCCCCAGUUACAGAGACAGAGACGCAACCCUUGCAGGACCCAGCAGGAUCCGAGGCCGACUCUGACACUAGAGAAGGUGAAACGGUGGCCAUGAACUACAAGCCCUCCCAACUGCAAGUGAAAAUAGAGAAACAGAGAGUGCUGGCCAGGAAGGGAUCAGUAAAAAAUGGCACCGUGGGUAGCCCUGUCAACCAGCAACCCAAGAAGAACAACGUCAUGGCCAGAACACGGUUGGUGGUGCCAAACAAAGGCUACUCCUCUUUAGACCAGACCAGCCCAGAUGAGAAGCCCCUGGUAGCGCUGGAUACAGACAGUGACGAUGACUUUGACAUGUCCAGAUACUCUUCGUCUGGAUACUCCUCAGCCGAGGUGAGAUGUCUGAGGGACCAGCAGAUCAACCAGGACCUCAACAUCCAGCUACUGAAGGACGGUUACCGGCUAGACGAGAUCCCUGACGACGAGGAUCUGGAUCUGAUCCCGCCCAAAUCAGUCAACCCCACUUGCAUGUGCUGCCAAGCCACCUCCUCCUCAGCCUGCCACAUCCAGUAGCCCCUCCCAUAACAGAUGCCCCCGCCACCAGGGUGUUGAAAUGGUCGGGGGGGUGGGACAGAAGAAAAGGUGUAUUGGAAUUAGUGUGGAUUUGGAAAGGGUGAAAAUGCACAGCAAAUGUACUAAGAGUAACUGGUUCCUCCUAUGGUAGGACAUGUGCAUACGUUUGUCUGUUACAUUAUAAGGUCUUUAUGUCUGAGUAGUAUUCAGAAGCAGCUCUCCCUUGUCUCAUCUUGGAAUAUAACAUGGAGGGUAAUGGAAGGACUCAAGAAUGCGAACUUGUGUGAGAUGGUCUCACAACUUGAGUGUUUCGAAGAUGGUCUCUUGAGGAAUAUGUUGUCUUAAACUUUGUUUGACCUCCUGAAAGUCUUUGUUGCUGUCACGGUAUGGAGGGAUCAACAGUGAAUGUACUGUGAGCGUGGCAAAAGGACAAACAUUUGAUUGAACAGAAUGAAGAGCUGUCUGAGUGUGUAACGUCUAAAAUCAAACAUGGUCGGUAUCAAACCCUUUAGAAUAUUUAAGGAGAUACAGCAACGAACACAGAGGAAUUGCAACUAUUUAUUUUAUGUUUCUAAGCAGGCAUCUCACAAGUUAAAAUGCAUAGUGAGUUUUGAGUUGAGUGGAUUUGCAGCGGUCUUACUUCUCGCUCCUCUAUCUUUUCUGAUCAGAUUGUCUUUCUCUCCCUCUAACACGUGACACAUGAGGUGUGAACAUAACGAACAUUUGAAUUCUCAUACAAAGACAUCAGAAUAACUAUUCUUAUCUACAACUUUGAUAUGUGACUUGAGAACAGCUUUGCAUGUUGCUCACUGUGCCACUUAGAUAAACACCCUCACCAAUACAGUAACUGGGGGGUUAGGCUCUCUUAACUUUACCCACUGCAUCCUUAGCCUGGUCCCAGAUCUGUUUGUGCUGUCUUGACAAACUCAAGUAUGGUCAAGGCAAGACAGCAUAAACUGAUCUGGGACCAGGCUAGGUCAGAUACUGUAUGGUGAAGCCAAUGUGUAUUUAGUGCCAUUCUACUACUGUCCACAUGAAAAUGAUCAUUUAUUUUAGUGGAUAUUUCUAUAACACUAAAAGGUUUCAGUUACCCCUCAAUAUAAUUGUAUAUUGGGUCAUCCUGCUUAUACGUUUACUCGUUGUUGAUUUUACUAUGCUAUCUUCACUUGUCUAUUGUACACUUGUUAUAUCUUCAUUUUUUUGUGUAAAUUGCUUUGAAAUUGUUUUGCUUUGAACAUUUUCCAAUAUGCUCAGUAGGAUUAAUGUACUAACAACAAUGUGCUAACAAUUUCUGUACCUGCCAUACUAUAAUACCGUUUCCUAGUCCUGGCACCCAGUGGUUGUGGGUACUGUAGUUUAACUGUGCCAAAAGGCCCAUAUUUUUCUUGUUUGUAUAAUGGUGUCCAAAAAAACAUCCAUUAUGGCUGUUAUGCCCAUGAAAGUUAAUACGAGAUGGUGUUAAAUUAUUGUAUGAAUAUACCAGUUGAAUUGGAGAAUGUGUGUCCUUAUGAAUUCCUGAGCAGGGAUGUUACCAGUACACUUGUACUAAUGAUAGUGGUUGGGCAAAAUGUCCGCCUGUACGUAGCUGCCCAUGUCCUGCUAUAGUGCUUCUAGAAGUAGGCUGUAGCGCCACCUUGUGCUUCUCACUGCCACUGACACAGUCACCAGCCAUUCAUAGCAGACAGUCUGUACAACCUCACAUGCACAGUACACAUGGCACACACACAGAAUGCACUGUAGAACGCUUCAAAUUGGAAAUUGCACCUCAUUGAAAGGGAAUGUCUAACGAUCCGAGACUGUGUAUAGCGUACUGUAUGUAAAGAAAGGGAUGGAUGAAGUAAAGAUGUUCUUUACUGUACUGCUUUGGGUACUUGGUUAUCCAGUGCAUUCCACUGUAGUGCAAUUAAUUAUAUGAGGAAGGGUUGACUCCAGUGUGAAUCCACACAAAUUAUGGACAAAUCAAGCACAAACGGGUCAAGCCAAAAUAAUGAAAAUACCUGCUGUUUUGGGAUGGUGCAAAACAGGGAUUACUGUGUUCAGUAGGCAAGAAAUUGAAAAACGCUGUCCAUAUUCAAGAACAUAUCAUCCAAAUAGCAAUGGCAAUGUAUACCUGCUUUGUCUGAGUGCCAAGCGUUAGUUUCCCCUGUCAUUGUGAUCACAAGUUCACACUCCCUCUCACCCCAGAGUUUACUAAAGUAGAGUAUGCCUUAAGUAAUGCAUUGUAGUGGAAGAUAUUUAUUGCCAGUGGUAUGUUGUCAUUUAUUUGGAGAGAAAAAAAAAAGGAAAAUAUACAGUUUAACAUGGACCCAGAGGGCAACACUUACAUCUACGAAACUGCACUGAAAUACUACAGUACUAUUGUAAGUUUAGUGCUAUUUUGCGGAUGUUAAAUAUUGGCCGUAGUGUUUUUUUGUAAUUAUUAUUAUUUAUUUUUUUUCAGACGCUCGUUGUGAUUUUAAAGAAGAUGUGAACAAUUAAAGUUUCAGUAUGUAACAAUGUUAUUGUUCUGUGUAUUGUAUCAUGUCUACAAAUAAAUAGCAGAGGUCUGAAUUAAAAGA